ACCACAGUUCGCUCUCUGCAGCUCAUCGUGUCACAGUGAGAUAGAUGUGCUUUUGCCGUGUCGCGUGUACAUACUAGCCGUGACCCUCGCCGUAAGAUUUUGACUCGCGUAUCUGCGUGAAAUCAACGCGUUCGGGAGUGUCGGACAGUGAGUGAUAAGAGAAAAACAGUGACGUCGUCGAGGUGCAUUCUGAACAUCGUUCACGGAGAGACGACGUGAUAACGCGGCGCGUGAACUCAAAAAGCGGACGAGCGUGCGACACAUGAGGAGGCGAACUCGCGUGGCGAGUUCGGACGAAGACGAAGCAGCCAGCGGGCAUCAUCGGCCUUUCAGCCUUUAGCGAGUGGAAUGCAGUUUCGGGAUAGUUGUCCGCGGCCACGGCCGGCCGCCACGCAACGAGAGAUAUGACGCGAUGAUCGUCGAGGCACCCGGUGCAUCCGCCCUGACUACUCCACCACGCCGCUGCCGUCGCCGUCGUCGUCGUCGCCGCUCGCGUCCUCCGCCCGCGUUCUCUUCUCUGUCUCUCUCCUUUCUCUUUCUCGCGCGCGCCCGUGUGUGUACGUGCAACGCCCGUAGCAGCGGUACGCACAGCUCUCGGAGAGUGUGUCGGAUAAGUUUCUGCCGUUCGUCGUAAACGCGCCAGUCAGGAUGAUCAUGGAUGAUGUGCACGGGCUUCUUGGAGUUAGUAACCUCGGCCAGGAGGAUACCGCCGGAGACGACGUCGGGAUAUCGGCAGCCGUCGGCACGCUUCUCAGGAAGAAUCACCGGCAGAACCACGAGUCACCGGAGCAUUGUCAACAUCGUGCCGAGUCUUCGCUUCCUUCGACACGGGUAUAUUUGAAGCAACGGCAGAGCCAACGGACUGCAACAACGGGACAUCAAUCGUGCCACCGAAUCACCGCGGCGCAAUCAAAUCUGAAUUUCGACGUUUCCAGAGCGCAUUCGAGCAAUCGACGGAGAAGCGGACCGCAGCAAACUCGCGAGACGUCGCGGCGCAGCUUCACCGUCACCAGCGUUCUCCAUGUGCUCGUUCUGGUCGGCCUCUUCACCCUCGGCACCGCCGAGGCACGGACUUUCUGUCCUACCGGCUGUACCUGCGAUGACGAUACCUUGGUGGUUUCCUGCGUGGGCGCGAAUCUGGACGUCAUACCGAUCGCGCUGAAUCCUAGCAUCCAGCGGAUAGUGCUGAAGGAGAACCGCAUCAAGAUCGUGGACGCGGCGGCCUUCCAGUUCUACGGCGAUCUGAAGAACGUCGAUCUCUCCAGCAACCAUCUGUUCACCAUACCCAACGGCAGCUUCGACGCUCAGCGACACUUGGUGGAGCUCCAUUUGAAGCACAACAAGAUCUCGGCGCUGACCGAGAAGACGUUUCAAGGUCUCAAGUCUCUAACGGUACUGAAUCUGCGGGACAACUAUUUGGAGACGCUGAAGAGCGGCUUGUUCGCGUACCUGUCGAAGCUCGAGGAGCUCGAUCUCGGCCAGAAUCGCAUAUCGAAGGUGGAGCCGGGUGCGUUUCAGAAAUUGGGCACUCUCCGGGUGUUGUAUCUCGACGAUAAUCAGUUGCGAACCAUUCCAUCGCCGGCGUUAGCGCCGCUCAACGCUCUCGCCGAACUUCAUAUCGGCUGGAAUGCCUUCUCCUCUCUGCCGGACGACGCGUUCAAAGGUCUCGAGCAACUCGCUGUGCUGGACAUUAUGGGCGCUGGGCUGGACAACAUCAGCGACGGGGCGUUUCGCGGUCUGAACGCCCUCCGCAGUCUGAAACUGGGCGCCAACAAAUUGCGCGAAGUGCCGACAAAACAGCUGGCGGUGCUGCCACGCCUCGAAGAGCUUACCUUGGGCCAGAAUUUCUUCACGAUUCUGCGAUCGGGAGCUUUCCAAGGUUUGUCGACGUUGAAGAAGCUCGACGUAUCCGGUGCCAAGCUGCUCAUCACCGUGGAGAAGGGAGCCUUCUCGGACAACGCUAAUCUGGAGACUCUCGCGCUGAACAGCAACAAACGGCUGGCUACUAUGGAAGACGGCUCACUGGCCGGUUUACCAAAUUUAAGACAUCUUGCGCUGCGCGAUAACGCCUUCGUUACGUUCUCGGAGUCUCUCGUCGCCUGGAAUGAACUGCGCCGGCUAGAUCUCAGCGAGAACCCGUUGAUCUGCGACUGCAGUCAGCUCUGGCUGUCCGAGGUGCUCGUACCGAGGAACUCGAGUCCGGUGAUAUGCGCCGAACCGCCUGAAUCGAAAGGCAAGCCUAUUAAGGGCAUGACGCCCGACGAGCUGGGCUGCGCCUUCUCGGAUCCGCGCAAACAGGCUCUACUGGCGACGGUGUGCGCCGCCGGCUUGAUUCUCUUCACCGGCGUUGCUCUCAUUCUAUAUUACCGUUGCCGCAGACGCGUGCGGGACGCGCUCAAGGAUUACAAGUGGAAGAAUCGCGCGAUAUCGCGGAAGGAGCACGAGUAUCAGAAGACAUUCUCCGAUGACGAAUACAUCGUGCGUUCGGCACACGCCCAUCAUCAUCACCAUCAUCAUCAGCCGCAAUCUCAGCCAGUGCCCACGCACCACCAUCAUCAUCAUCUUCAACAACAGUUGCAGCAGCAGCAACAGCAGCAGCAGCAGCAACAGCACCCGCAAAUAGCGGCCGGCAUCAAACCAAUACCGGUGACGGAACUGUAGCUAGAACUUCGGGCGGCGAGCCCCGGGACCGGUGGGGUCUGGUUCCUGCCACACGGCAGCACCACCCUCGCCGAGGGCUUCACCUACAUCGACGGAGAGACGGCGCGCCAGAUGCGCCGCCCGGGAACGCUGCCCGUCGCGAACAACGCGUCCGGUCAUCGCGGAGGAGGAAGUGGCGGGGCGGGAGUGGGCGGAGGUGGGGGG